UUUAUCCUUUCGGUGGAGAUGAGUACUGCCGUGACGACGACAACCUUUGUGGCUGGGGACCUGUACUGGAAGAAGGCGGGUGACACGGAAUGGGUGCUAGGCCGAUUGACUGACGUGGAGGAGGAUACGGCGUCGUUUGAACUUGUGGACGAAGCUACGGGCGAUGCCCUUCCGAACGAAGCGGAAUGCGUGCACUUGAACAGCGAGACCCUUGUGCCCGCGAAUCCAUUGUUUGCGACGUAUCCUGAUAUGACGUCGUUGCGCCACAUGAACGAACCAUCCCUCGUGAAGAACAUCUACGAUCGAUGGAGCAAUGCCGACUGCCAGCCGUACACACGAGUGUCCAACAUCUUGAUUGCCGUGAACCCGUUGCGGCGCUUGGGGACGGUUGAAAAGCUUCCGUUCGUGCAGCAAUCCCUGGACAAAUGUCCUCCGCAUCCGUACCACAUUGCAGAAAAUGCGUAUCGUCAAAUGCGAUCCGUGAAACAAAACCAAUCGAUCGUCAUUAGCGGGGAAAGCGGAUCCGGCAAGACGGAAACGUCCAAGAUCAUCUUGAACUACUUGACCGACCGGAGCCUCACGAGCCGCCACGAGCUCGACACGCCGCGUGGACCGUCAAACCAAUACGAUGAAAUGAGUCGCAUCAGCAUGACCAACACCAAUACCACCACCAACAACAACCAAGACGUCGACCACGCGCUCGGCGACCGGCUCAUGGAGUCGAUUCCGAUCUUGGAAUCGUUUGGGAACGCCAAAACCCACCGCAACCACAACUCGAGCCGGUUUGGCAAGUACAUGCGGCUGCAGUUUACGAAAACGCCGACGGACUUGCACUUGUCGGGCGCAUCUAUUGACACGUACUUGCUUGAGACGUCGCGGCUGGUGCAAACUCCUCCAGGGGAGCGCAACUUUCACGUGUUUUACGAGCUGCUUCGCUCUGGAGAUGCCCAACUGUUGAACGAUCUCAAGCUUGUGCCGAAUCCGUACGCAGCAACAUCGGCAGCAUCCUCCUUCUCCAUCAACAACAACAACGACAAGGACAAGGACGACGACGACACGCCGCCCAUCGAACACUGGAUCAACGAGUACCAGUACUUGAGCCGAUCAGGGUGCUCGAGCGACGUCUCGCACGACACAGCCAACUUUAACAAACUCGUGGAUGCGUUGGAGUAUGUCGGUAUCAACUCGGAUGAGCUGUUCCGUGUCGUGUCUGGCUUGCUGCACUUGGGCAACGUCACGUUCGAAGAAGAGGACACGAUCGAAGGCACGACUGCCACCGUCAACCAGAACGACCCCGCGCAGACCGGACCGUUGGAAGUGGCCGCGGACCUCCUCGGCAUGGACCCCGACACGCUCCUGGAUGCGAUUCUCAAGAAGAAAAUUAGCCGCAUGGCCAACGAAGGGACGACGUUCCAUGACCCUCAAGGCGGACGUCCGGGGCUGCAGCGCGCGGCGUCCGUGUUCUUCUUGAAAAAGGACACGCGGCAAGCCAGCUACUCGCGAGAUACGAUCGCCAAAACCAUUUACGACCAGGUGUUUGGGUACCUCAUGGGCCAAUGCGCAGCUGCGCUCGAGUUCAAUUUUGACAAAAAGGACGAGUUGCCGUACAUUGGCGUGCUCGACAUCUUUGGGUUUGAGGACUUUGAGCCCCAGAAUCGCAACUCGCUGGAGCAGCUCAUGAUCAACUACGCGAAUGAAACGCUGCAAAACAUGUUCAAUCAGUGCAUUCUCAAGAACGAGCUGGAGCUGUACCAUCUGGAAAACAUCUUUGCGCCUCAGAACGCGGCGCUGCGGUUCCCCAUCUUCCGCCCCGACUUGAUCGACCACUCCAACGACUCAGGCAUCAAAUCCAAGCAUCUUGUGGUGCAGUACGACGACAACAAGGACUGCAUGGCGCUGAUUGCCGCCAAGAACGAAGGCAUGUUCUCAAUCAUCGACACUGUCGGCAAGUUGGCAGGUCCGUCGGAUCGUAAACUCAACGAGACGUUUCGCAAACUGUAUUCGCAGCAUCCUUGCUUUAUCGAACCGCAUCCCCGCGACGCCAAACAUACAUUUAUCAUCAAGCACUUUGCUGGGACCGUACGGUAUCACAUAUCGUCAUUCCUGGACAAGAACAACAACGUCGCGUCCACACAAUUCGACGAACUUGUGCAAAGCUCGUCGCUCGCGCUGUUAAAGACGCCGCUUCUGCGACAAGUGGAGCCAACCAGUCGUCGUCGAGGCGGCGUCCACGCGCACAAGGCGCCUGCUGGCAGCGUGACCCAUACAUUUGCCACGCAGAUGAAAGGCCUGGCCGUGGAAUUGGACUCGACGCGAAGCAACUUUAUCCGGUGCAUCAAGCCGAAUCCAGCCAUGGACGCUCGGGUGUUUGAUCGUGAGAGCGUCGUGCACCAACUGCGGUGCUCCGGCACGGUCCAGGCGUGCCAAGUGCUCCAAGUGGGUCUUCCCACAAGGGUCUCGUACGAAGAGCUCAUCGACACGUACAUCCACCUGCUCGGGAUGGACUUUAUGGUGCAAUUCCACGAACAUGGGCGGACGUUUGCGCGUGCGUUGUGCUUUGUGCUCGAGUUUCCCACAGACGACUACCGGCUAGGAGACACCAAGCUCUUCUUCAAGACGGGCAAAAUCCACUUGCUUGACACGGUGCUAAACGUCACGCCCAAGUGGGACGCCGAGGAGCUCGAGACUCGCCUCGUCCAGUACACCGUCAAACGGCGGUGGAUUUCCGCCGUGACCAAAGUGGUGGUCCUGCGCUUGUUUCGCAAGAUUUACGUGCGCGUGCAGCUGUCCCGGCGCGCGCUCGUGCUACAGUGCUGGUUUCGCCAAGUCAUUGCAACCAACUUGGUCAAGAAGUUGCGCACGCAGACCCGCGUGGCCAGCGCGUGGAAUGCUUUGUGUUCGAAAGUGUGGGUGCAACAAGCAUUUGGAGGCAGCGUGGACGACAAGCUCUUGUUGCUGCAGGCGCUGCUGCGAAAGAACGCCGACGUGGUGUUAUCCAACAAGAAGAGAUGGCUGCUCACGUGGCUCGGCCCCCUCGAGCGGAGCAUGUACGUCAAGAAACUCGGCAAAGCAGCAUGCGUGUCGUACUUGGCCAAGCAAGCAUUUGUGCAGCUCUUGACCCAAGUGCGGGAAAAGCGGGCUUGUGUUAAGAUUCAGUCCCAAUUUCGCCGGGUACUAGCCACAAAAGAGUAUGCUGGCUUGCGGCGGCAGCAGAAGACCGACGAGCGCUGGAACUUGGUGCGCAAUUGGGUCAAGGGGCGCUUUUGCUUUGUUGCGUUGUUCCGACGGGCGCAUCUCGCCCGCCUCGAGCGCGACCACGUCACACUCUCAAACCACGUCGCACACGUGAACGCCCAACACGACGCGAUCGCCCAGGAAUUGACCACGUCCAAGGGCUUAGCGUCGUCACUUCAGGUCGAAUGUGCCCAAUUUGAAGCCCAACUGGCUGCAUGCAAGCACACGAUAGCCCGGCUAGAAGCGCAAGAAGCGCAAGCCACACUCAAGUACGAAAUGACCCAGGAGCUAGUGGACGUUGAAGUGGCCAAAACAUCGGAGCUUCAAGAGUCGGUCUGUGAGUUGACUUUGGCGAAUGCCACGUUAAACACUUCGUUGCGGCAAGUGGAAAGUGCCUUGCAAGUGUCUCGUGGCCACGAACAAGCACUUCAAGUUCAGCUCCAGGACAAACAUAGCCAACUCAACGACCUGUCUGCGCAACUGCACAGUUUGCACAUGUCUUUUGACGCUGCCACGAACACCAUCAACGACCAAACCAGCCAAAUCUUGGUAUUACGAUGAUGGAGCGAUGGAUCCAUAUAUGAUGGGUUGUUUCAUAUAUGUGAUAAACAUGUGUGAUCUAGGAAUGGGAACACAAGUACUCGCAACUCGAAGCCAUCCAUGUGGGUCUGACUAGAGACGCCGAACGUCGGGCAGCCUGUAUCGCAGAUGCCGACGCCAAGAAGGAAGAACUCGAACACGUCAUCACACGAGGCAACUUGCAAAUUUGCGACUUGACUAGCCAGAUCCAUUCAUUGCAGGCGCGACUCGACCAUACGUCCAACCAACUCGACGAUGCCACACUUCAAAUCCGAGAGUUGGAAUCGACCAAGACCGCUGUCCAAGAUCAAGUGGCCGCGCUGUCGGAUGCAUUGGAAGCUUCGAAAAUCGCCGCCCGCCACAGCGACAAGGUGGACGCGCUGGAAGCCAAGGUCGAAUCGCUUCAAAGUCAGCUAAAGGACGCCCAAAAGCAAGACAAGGCGCUCAAGGACAAGCUGUUUUCUCUGCGGGCGGAAAAGAACAAGCCGACACCCGUCAAUAUGGAGCUCAUCGAACUCUCGACCAAGCUGGCCAAGCGCGAAAGUCAAAUUGCCCUACUGACCAGUCAACUCCAGCACGCGCAGAGCAUCACCAACGACGCUGCCAGAGCCGCCGCCGACACAGCUGCCCUGGAAGCCACCGUGUCGAAGCGCGACUCCAAGAUCGAAACGCUCAAGACACUCCUCAAACAAUCCCAAGUGAAGAAGGAAAAGCUGCUCCACGAAGCCAAGUCGUCGCAGGGGUUGGUGGAGAAGCUCAUGAUGGAGCAUCAAGAGCGAGAACUUCGAGCGGCCUCUGAAUACGCGGCCACGGUCGCGGCCUUGUCGGCGGAACUCGACCUCGUGAAAGCGCAAGCUGCAGCUGCCGUCGAACGAUCUGCGACACGGGUUGAACUUGCCCCCACACAUGGCACCGACGACGACGACGCUGUCACAGACGAAGAAGACGACAAGGCUCAUGCAACGGCAGCGUCGUCUUCUUUUGCUUUCCAAGCUAAGACCACGGCGUCCGUUGCAGUCGUGCUAACAGCGGUCGUAGUACGUGAGUUUGUCAAGGCACGCUUUGGUUAAGCCGAGUUGCAGUCCUAGUAUAAUGCAACUUGAGUCUGCAUCAAAUAGAUUGCUUUCGAUAUAGUGGACAUGGAGUGGAUACAUGUAAGUGCCUAACGUUACGCCAG